GUCCAAAUUGCUUUAAUGUAGCGCAGCAUGGUCAACGGAAUAAAGGACUCUGUUGUGCCCACAGUUAUAUGAUACCCAUAAUCAUAUUAUUUGUACUGGUGCUGAUUGUGCUACUAUUGCCCUUGGAAACCUUGCAUCGCAACGCUGGUGACGGCACUGACAACAACAAAGCUGUGCCAGCGCCGUUGCCCUGUGAACUACAAUUGGUGGAAACAUUACCGAUUGGCCUGAGUUACACGCAGAACAGCCCAAAAUUUAUGGGCACGUAUGAGGCCUGGAAACUGCUGCUGGACAAAGCGAAAUUAACGGUUGACAUUGCUGCUCCUUAUUGGACUUUGCGUGGCAUCGAUGUAAAUGACAGCAGCACCCAACCGGGUGACCAUAUAUUUCAUCGCCUUCUUGCAAAUGGUGAUGGGGGCAAGCCCAAGCUUCGUAUCCGCAUCGCAAUGAACAAGAGCCAGGAGAGCAUUUUGCACGCAGAUGCCAAAAUAUUAGCUAACUAUGAUGCUGCCGAGGUGGUUGCUGUUAAGUUACCUAAUGCAGGCGUGCUGAAUGCGAAACUUUGGAUUGUAGACGGUCAGCACUUCUAUUUGGGCAGUGCAAAUAUGGAUUGGCGUUCUCUUACGCAGGUUAAAGAGCUGGGCGUUCUGGCACAGAAUUGUCCACAUUUGGCCCACGAUGUGGGAAAGAUUUUUAAUGCGUACUGGGAGCUGGGCAGCAAUGGUGAUGGGACCAUACCCAGCCAAUGGCAUUGGACAUUUGACACGCGAUACAGGUUGGGUCGGCCCAUGCUUUUGAAUGUUAACAAAAACUACACAAUGCAAGCCUACAUUUCAAGUACGCCAGUAGCUUUGACAACUACAGGGCGCACCCACGAUUUGGAUGCCAUAUUAAAUGUUAUCGAAUCUGCAGCAGAAUUUAUCAAUAUUGCUGUCAUGGACUACUUCCCUCUUAUUAUCAAUGGUCCCAACGUUCAGUUCUGGCCCCCAAUUGAUAACGCUUUGCGCAGGGCAGCCGUGGAUCGUGGUGUGGCAAUAAAAAUGCUUGUAUCCUGGUGGCCAAAUUCCCACCCGAGUGAAGAUAACUUUCUACGCUCAUUACAGGAGUUUUCCCAAGUAAUGCAGCAUGUGGAUAUACAGAUCCGUCGUUUUAUUGUGCCUGUGAAUGAUGAGCUGGAACAAAUACCGUUAAUACGCUUCAGCCAUAAUAGUUUUAUGGUCAGCGAUAAAAUUGCAUACAUUGGCGCGUCGAACUGGACGGGAGAGUUUUUUAUGCAUUCCGCUGGCAUUGGUUUAGUCUUAGCAGACACAACCUUGAUUGAAAGCACAAUACGUACUGACCUCUUCAAACUCUUUAUGCGUGACUGGUACAGCCCGUAUUCUUUAGCGCUGAAACGAAAUCUGCAAAUUUAAAUUUAAACCGCCAUCAAAGCACCCAAUUUACAUUAAUCAACACUGCCUUUUUACAGCUGAUAAUGUCAUAACAAAGCUUCAACCUAACCUUAAACUCAC